AUGGACAAAAGGCAAUUAAUCGGUAGUGCCACGAGGUACUUGGCGGGAAGGCAUGCAGUCCAGACUGUGUACUGGCGAAAGUCAGCCCACGGUGGUAAUGGGCUUGUCAAAACUACGAAGACAACUUUCUUUGGGAAGAAUGAAGGCCCCAACAAAGUGGAUUCAGCAGAGAUGUUUACACGUGUCAGAGAAAGAUACGCGUGA